AUGAGCUUCAAAGGCUUUCAAAAGAGCCUCACCCGGGCGCCCCAACAAUUCAAAGCCAAGUUCAACAUUGGCGAACACACCAAGGAUGCUGUCUACAUCGACGCCGAACGCCGUUUUCAGGAACUCGAGACCGAGACCAAGAAGCUCCACGAUGAAUCCAAAAAGUACUUUGACGCCAUCAAUGGCAUGCUAUCCCACCAGAUCGAGUUCAGCAAGGCCAUGACCGAAGUCUACAAGCCCAUCUCAGGUCGUGCCUCUGACCCCGACUCGGCCAUUGUCGAGGGCAACCCCGAGGGCAUCGCCGCCUGCGAGGAGUACGAAGCCGUCGUCAAGGACCUGCAAGAAACGUUAGCGCCCGAGCUGGAUAUGAUAGAGACUAGAGUUAUCCGUCCCGCCAACGAGCUGCUCGACGUCAUCAAGGUGAUACGCAAGACGGCCGUCAAGCGCGAGCACAAGAGACUCGACUACGACCGCCAUCGCGCCACCCUCAAGAAGCUGCAGGACAAGAAGGAGCGCACCGCCAAGGACGAGAAGGCCAUGUGGAAGGCCGAGGGAGACGUUGAGCAGGCCACCCAGGACUUUAACUACUUCAACGAUCUCCUCAAGGAUGAGCUGCCCAAGCUGUUUGCGCUCGAGCGCGAGUUUAUCCAGCCUCUCUUCCAGUCCUUUUACUAUAUGCAGCUCAACAUCUUUUAUACCCUGCACGAACGGAUGCAGCAGUGCGAUAUUGGAUACUUUGACCUGACGCUCGACAUCGAGGAGGCCUUCCACCAGAAGCGCGGCGAUAUCCAAGAACAGGCCGAAGCCCUAUCAAUCGUUCGCUUCAAGACAACCGGUCGCCCCAGACCAGUGAGAUAUGGAGCCAAACCCGCACUCGAGGGCCCCAAGCAGCCCGCGCUGCUCACCCAGGGCGAAGACUCAAAGACCCCGACCAGCACUAUCACCAGCCCCAAGAUUGGUGGAUACCAACGCCAAACCGAGUCCAACGAGGCCGCGCCACCACCGUAUACUCCCCCAACUGGUGCCAAUGCCGGCCUGGCCGCAAUCGCCGCUGGCAAGAAGAAGCCCCCGCCUCCCAAGCCCAAGCCCAAGCCUAAGCGCCUAACAGCGCCUGCGACCGAGACGGUCACGGCUCUUUACGAUUACGCCGCGCAAGCUGAGGGCGACUUGAGUUUCCGGACGGGCGACGUGAUUGAGAUUAUACAGAGGACGCAAAAUGACAAUGAAUGGUGGACGGGACGUCUAGACGGCAAGGAGGGACAAUUCCCUGGCAACUAUGUACAACUUAACGGCUGA